AUGCACCCCAACAUAGACAACGUAGACGAGUACGUGCGCAACACCACCGCCCGCGCCUUCUCCGUGGUGGCGUCCGCCCUGGGCAUCCCCACGCUACUGCCAUUCCUGCGAGCCGUGUGCGCCAGCAAGAAGUCGUGGCAGGUGCGGCACACGUGCAUCAAGAUCAUGCAGCAGAUCGCCAUCCUCAUGGGCUGCGCCGUGAUGGUGGUGCUGAUUCGUGAGUUCCAGUCGCCAGACGAGGAGAUGAAGAAGUUAGUGCUGAAGGUGGUGAAGCAGUCUGUGGGCACGGACGGCAUGGAGCCGGACUACAUUCGCACGGAGAUCCUCCCCGAGUACUUUAAGCACUUCUGGGUGCGCCGCAUGGCGCUGGAUAGAAGGAAUUACAAGCAGCUCGUGGAAACCACCGUGGAGAUCGCGAAUAAGGUCAGCAGGUGGACAGGUGGCGACGGAGGUGAAGCAGUGUGGGGGAAUGGGAAGCAGCACAGCACAGACGGAGUGGAGCCGGACUACAUCCGCACAGAGAUCCUCCCUGAGUACUUCAAGCCCUUCUGGGUGCGCCACAUGGCGCUGGACAGAAGGAAUUACAAACAACUGGUGGAGACGACUGUGGAGAUCGCAAAUAAGGCGGGAGUGAGUGACAUGAUAGGGCGGGUGGUGGAGGACCUCAAGGACGAGAGCGAGCUGUCUUUUGCCUCUCCACUCACCAUCUGCCCCACUUCACCAUACCCCUCACUAAAAAAACCUGCCCCCCCUUCCCAGGCGGGAUUGAGCGACAUCAUAGGGCGGGUGGUGGAGGACCUCAAGGAUGAGAGCGAGCCGUACCGGCGCAUGGUGAUGGAGACGGUUGAGAAGGUGCUCACCAACCUGGGCGCCGCUGAUAUUGAUGCCUGGCUGGAGGAGCUUCUGAUUGAUGGGAUUCUUUACGCCUUCUAG